UCUGCAUCGGCAUUCGGCACGCCUGCCAUUCAUUACUCGCCGAUCACCUGCGCUCUCGCCGCCGUCUCGCCACCUCCCACCAGUGACGUGACGUCUCGCUCAGCUCAACCAUGGAGCGCGCGCGCGUCAGGAGCUCCCCCAGCGCCGAGCGCUUCCUCGGCUCCUUCCUUACCCCCACAGCCGCCGGCGACCAGUCCGCCUCCGCUGCCUUCGAGCUCGACGAGGACGACCUCUUCUCCGCAGGAUCCGGCUCGCCCGAGCCGCCGCAGCCGGUGAGGCGCCCGCUCAUCCUAUCCUCCGUGCGCCCCGCAAACCCUAGCCCUCUCCCCCGUCUCCGCAGCCCGCCGGAGGGCAUCCUGGACGCCCUACCCGAGCGCCGCCGCUCGCCGCCUCGAUCCUCUUCAUCGACAUCGCCGUCCCCCGCUGCCCCUCCCCGCAUGAUCCCCGCCGUCCCCCGCCCGGCGCCGGCGCCGGCGCCGCAUGUGGCGCGGUCUCUGCCGGUCAAUGUCCCUGCGGCGCGGUUGCAUAAGCCGCCCAAGGUGAUGGGUGGAAAGACUUUACGGUUUCCCCUCUCCUCCCUGGAUGAGGACGACGAGGAGAUGCUGCCGCCGCAUGAGAUGGUGGCGCGCGCGCGGGCACGGGAGUCGCCGAUGACGACGUUCUCAGUGCUGGAAGGAGCCGGGCGCACGCUCAAGGGACGGGACCUCCGCCAGGUACGCAAUGCAGUCUGGCGGAAGACUGGAUUCCUCGACUGACCCGUGCCAUUUGCACUGGCCAGUAGCCUUAAGAUAGAUUCAAGUGAUUGAUUUUAUAUGUCUGGACAUCUUGUUGUGUACAUUAUUGAUUGAUGAUUGGGUGUUAAUUUUAGUCACACCUGAAAAACGUAUCUGUUCUAUUAGUACUUUUAAACUUUCGAUUCAGGCAGUUAAGUUGCCGGUAUUGGGAUAUUUGGUUUGGCUUCAGAUCAAUGUGUAUCAUGCGUGCCUCUGUGGAGUAAUUUACUGCAAAAAUAAGGUGUUAA